ACAGAUAUUUUCACCAUGCCGACUGUGGUGGUAAUGGAUGUGUCACUCUCUAUGACUCGACCUGUCUCUAUCGAGGGAUCAGAAGAAUAUCAACGAAAACACCUCGCUGCCCAUGGUUUGACUAUGCUAUUUGAGCACAUGGCCACCAAUUACAAGCUUGAGUUUACAGCUUUGGUAGUUUUUUCUUCACUCUGGGAACUAAUGGUCCCUUUUACAAGAGAUUAUAAUACUCUUCAGGAAGCACUGAGUAAUAUGGAUGAUUAUGAUAAAACAUGUUUAGAGUCUGCAUUACUUGGUGUUUGCAAUAUUGUUCAACAAGAAUGGGGUGGCUCGAUUCCUUGCCAGGUCGUUCUAGUAACUGAUGGAUGUCUGGGCAUUGGGAGAGGUUCACUACGACACUCAUUAGCUACUCAUAAUCAGCGAAGUGACAAUAACAGAUUUCCUCUGCCUUUUCCUUUUCCAUCUAAGUUAUACAUCAUGUGCAUGGCAAAUUUGGAAGAGCUCCAGAGCUCAGAGUCCCUAGAUUGUCUUGAACAACUCAUAGACUUAAACAAUGGUGAAGGACAGAUUUUUACCAUUGAUGGUCCCCUGUGCUUGAAGAAUGUACAGUCUAUGUUUGGGAAAUUGAUAGACCUGGCAUAUACACCUUUCCAUGCUGUUCUCAAAUGUGGUCACUUAACAUCUGAUGUGCAAGUCUUCCCUAGACCGGAACCUUUUAUUAUAGAUGAAGAAAUUGAUCCUAUUCCUAAAGUAAUAAAUACAGAUCUGGAAAUAGUGGGUUUUAUAGAUAUAGCCGAUAUUUCAAGCCCCCCAGUUCUGUCUAGGCACCUGGUCCUGCCGAUUGCUCUUAACAAAGAAGGUGAUGAGGUAGGUACAGGCAUCACUGAUGAUAAUGAAGAUGAAAAUUCAGCCAAUCAGAUUGCUGGUAAAAUACCCAACUUUUGUGUCCUGCUCCAUGGCAGCCUGAAAGUAGAAGGAAUGGUGGCAAUUGUUCAGUUAGGUCCUGAGUGGCAUGGAAUGCUGUACUCUCAAGCUGACAGCAAGAAGAAAUCAAAUCUCAUGAUGUCUCUCUUUGAGCCUGGCCCAGAGCCUCUCCCAUGGUUGGGGAAAAUGGCACAACUGGGGCCUAUUUCAGAUGCCAAAGAAAAUCCUUAUGGUGAAGAUGACAACAAGAGUCCUUUCCCCUUGCAACCCAAAAACAAGCGCAGCUAUGCCCAGAAUGUGACUGUGUGGAUUAAGCCAAGUGGCCUACAGACAGAUGUACAAAAGAUUUUAAGAAAUGCAAGAAAACUGCCUGAAAAAACACAAACAUUCUAUAAGGAGCUAAACCGUUUACGAAAGGCUGCCCUGGCAUUUGGCUUUCUGGAUCUCUUGAAGGGAGUAGCUGACAUGCUAGAAAGGGAGUGUACCCUCCUCCCUGACACAGCUCACCCUGAUGCUGCAUUCCAGCUGUCCCAUGCUGCCAGGCAACUCAAGCUGGCAAGUACUGGCACCUCCGAUUACGCAGCUUAUGAUCACAAUAUCACCCCACUUCAGACAGACUUUUCUGGAAGCAGCACUGAAAGAAUGUGAAGUUGACUUGUUUGGGGAACAUUUCCUUUUAAAAACAAAAAAAAGACUUCCAAAGUAGGGAGAGUAGUCAGGAGAUGAAAGCCUUUCCAGGCUGUGUGCUAACCACUGGACUACUACACAGGAUCAUACUCUGAAGUGGUCUCAAAAGACCAUUUGUUAGGUUGGAACUGCUAAACUGAAUCUGAAGACUUCCCUUCCCCUCCAAAUUCUUAGUAGUAGUUAACUCAUUACUUCUUAGCUUUUGUGGUGGGGAGAAGUGGGUGUCAAGGGCUCUGGUUUCUGAAGGACAGUGGUUAUUUCUGCUAUGCAAACUUUUCUGAGGCAGCUUUGACUGGGAGUGCAGCUCCCUGUGUCCAUAAGCAGCUGUAUGGAAACUUGCCAGUAGGAGCUCUCUCCCAUGACCUCCUGAAUGGUAUUUGCCUUCCUGCUUUCAAAACUAACUAGCAAGAGAACAGUUUUCUCUUACAUCUGCACUUGGAAUGAACUCAAGCAACCUGUGGCUCACCACCAAGCAAGAGAUUGCCCUCAUUAGAUCUUAAGCAAAAUGGCAAUGAUGAUCCUGUUUAUUUUAAGAUGCAGUUUUAAACAAUGACCAGAUAUCGAAUGCA